AUGGCGGCCGAAGAAUCAAAAAUCAAGAAUGUGGCUAUUGUUUCCGAUGACAGUCAAAGCAGCGAAAAAGAAGAAGAAAUUAAACACGAAAAAGAAACCGAUCUGGGCAUUUCGUUGGAUAAACUUAGCCUUGGUCCCAAAAAGAAACUGCUUGUGAUUCCUCUUGGUGGCCUCAUUGUUCACCGAGCUCACGUUCGUAACUGGGCCACCCUCCCAAAAAACCGCCGCCCUGAUCUGACCUACGGAAAGUUUAAGGUAUACAAAAGGCCUUUUUGUGAAGAAUUCUUGAGGUUUUGCUUUGAAAGAUUUGACGUCGGACUAUGGUCUUCUGCCAUGGAGCAUAACAUAGACAAAGUUCUGACCCAAAUAACCGGGGAACUUAAAAACAAGUUCUUAUUCACGUGGCCUAACACUGCCAUAUUUCCUAAGGAGUAUGAUAUUAAGAAUAAGAACGAUGAUUUUUUAGGUCCAAAUGGGGAGCUAAGGGCAUAUUUGGAUGGACUUGCUGACGCAAUUGAUGUUCCAAGUUAUGUUAAAGAUAAUCCAUUUGGGGAGGCUGCGAUAACACCUUCACAUCCUCGCUGGGAUUUUUAUUCGGGGAUAAUUAGUUCCGGUGGCAAGGAAGAAAGUAGUGAUGACGAGUUUUGGGAUUCCGACUGGAGCUAUUAA